GCGUGAACAGGUGACCGGUAGAGGAAUAGAGAUCUCAGACAAGCAGCAGCAGUGAUUUGUACACCUAGGAAGAUGAUGUUGCUGCUGCUCUGCAUCUGUUUUUCGUGCCUCCCGUUUUAUUCUUCAGCGACACGAAAUGACAGACCUAUCAUCGGUGUUCUGGCUCAGGAGGUUCGGUCACCUAAACCGAACCAGAACUCUUACAUUGCUGCUUCUUAUGUGAAGUUCCUGGAGUCAGCAGGAGCGAGGGUUGUACCUGUCAUGAUCAACCAGACUGUGGAGGAGUACAAAACACUGUUCAACUCUAUUAAUGGGAUCCUCUACCCAGGCGGAGCUGCCAGCCUCACCACAUCUGGUUAUGCGAGGGCUGCCAAAAUCUUUUAUGAUCUGGCUAUUGAGGCAAACGAUAGAGGCGACUUCUUCCCGGUGUGGGGAACCUGUCUCGGAUUCGAGCAGCUGACUGUUUUGACGUGUGGGGAGAAUCUUCUGGUGAGGACUAACACGAGUGGUGUGGCGCUGCAUCUUGACUACACUAAUGAAACCAGCAACAGCAAAUUGUUCAAAGACUUCCCAGCUCAACUGAUGAAAGACCUCGCCGUUGAGCCGCUGACAGAAAACUCUCACAAGUGGAGUUUGUCAAUGCAGACUUACAACACAAACGAGGAGCUUCAUGAUUUCUACAAAGUUCUCUCCACAAACACAGAUGGAAAGAUAGAGUUUGUGUCAACGUUUGAAGCGUAUCAAUACCCAUUUUAUGGGACACAGUGGCAUCCAGAGAAGAAUGCUUUUGAAUGGAUGAAGCCUUACAUUCCUCACACUCCCUCAGCGAUAAAGGUCACCUUCUAUAUGGCUGAUUUCUUCGUCAAUGAAGCCAAGAAGAACUCGCACAGAUUUGACUCAGAGGAGGACGAGAAGCGAGUCCUCAUAUACAACCACAAUCCUGUUUGCACAGGGGGCAAGGGCAGCUUUGAGCAGAUCUAUUAUUUCUGAUUUAAUCUGGUGUCUGUUUGCUUUUGCUCCUCAGCCUCUGAUUGGCUGCCCGGAUCACGUGACUUGUGAACGUUUGCACAUGAUUUGGUUUGUUUGAUUUUGCACUGGCUGACCACACUGUUGAGUCUGUAACUAAAGAGCUAGACUGUAAGUAGGAUAUAUUUGUACAUGCAACAUAAAUGUCAGGCAACGUAGGAGGACAAAGACUUUAAAUGCUUACAGUCUAAAGUUUGAUACGUGCAAUCACCGUUCUUAAACUGCUGCUUUUUGAUGAUAAAAUGUUACUUUUUGUUUUUAACUUUUAAAUAAUUUACAUGUUUAAUUUAUCAAAUUACUGUGAGUAAUGUGAAAGGGAUCAACUGUCUUGACAAACAUAAAAAGAUCAAAACUGAAUCACUUUUUUUUACUGGUGGCUGAUAAGGCUUAACAAUGCUGUAAAAAAAGGGGUCUACAAAUAGGCAAACUGCAUGCACAGUAUGCACUGCAAAUAAGGGCACUGAGUGGAACAGUUCAUUAGUGACAUUAAUCUUUUUUACCAAGUUAAAUUGUACUUAAAUUGGCGAGAUAGAAGACUCUAUUCAGAGCCUGACAGCUGUCAGAGUCAGCUUUGAUGCUACCUGAAAGUUGAAGCUAACUUAAAGCUGGGGUUGGUAGUCAGAUUUACAUACCCUCAUUGUUAUACUGGUUAAAAUGACCUUUAUGUCCCGAUGGCAAUCAAUACAUAAUGUGUUCUUAGACGUAGUCCUGAGGAAAUGCUACAUUCAAAUUCAUGCUAGUUUUCCAUGACUACCAACCCUAGUUUUAAGUGGCAGCUUCACAACUGUCAACACUACCCCAGGCUGAGCUCAACUUCCAUACAAGUAGCUGGCAUGUGUCCAUAGUGGAUUGGUGCUAAAAAUAGCUACACAUCUGCACAGAAACUGCACGUUGCUGAACGCGUUGGAAGUCUUCAUGCAACUACUUUGUCUCUUCUUGCAUGUUUCCAUUGUUUUUUGUACAAUGGCUGUUUUCAAACCACCUGCUAUAUACUACCUACGAAUGUAACAUGCAGUACGUACUACAUACUGCAUUUGAAUCACAGACUGUAUAAAUAAUGGACGUAGUAUCCGUGAAGUCACCCAUCUGUUUCUGAAGCGCUGUUUGUAGGCCAUUUGUUGACAGCAGCCGAGUGAUUGUGACUUAAAUAGGCAGGCUUUGAGGCUUCUAGCCAACAGCUACAGUGUUCCCGCCUGUCAAUCAAGUCAGCUGUGCCUCUCAUUGGAAGACUCCUAAUCUCAAUAUCUUUGAAAUGACAGCGUUAUGAAAAAAUUCACCUCCCUUACAGUGUGUUAAUCAAGGGAUGAGCUAUUCAGACUACACUCUUCUUUUGUACCAGGCUGUAAACAUGUUUAUUUCAGCUGUAAAGAUUGGCUUUUUUGAAUGGGUGUGUAUGUGGUUUUCGGCCUCAAGCGGAUCCUAGAUGAACUGCAGAUUUGAACCCUUCCGCAUUGGACUCAUAUUUUUAGACCGGAGGUUGCCGCUUGGUUUGAAGGUAGUCUGUAGUACGACUGUUCUGCUGGAUCUGUUCUGCAGUAUGCUGGGUCAGGUGUCUCUCGACAGCCAAGCUGAUAGUGAAACUGCUUCUGUAGCAUCACUUAAGAUUUAAAAAGUUAAGAAGUGGUUGAUAUGGAAUUUUUACAACUCCCCCGUCAUACACGGAAUAAAUAAGCAGAUGUUGGCGCUGUGCAUUGUGGGAAACAGUAUGUUAGGGAGACUGGUCCUAUGCAAACUAAAAAAUGUUCCUGAAUCAGUGCAACAUUGGGGUUGUUUUGGCAUACUGCAGAUUUUUUGCUCUUGUUCACAUACUACAUACUGAAUUUUGGCCCAAUCAGUAUGUACUGCUAGUAUAGUAGAUGGUUUUGAAAACAGCCAAUGUUUGCGUUGGACUUUUGUUUCUCCAAAUGAAGAUUUUUUGGGUCAAUGCACGUUAGUUAGCCUUGUCAGCCUCUAUAUAAAAGGGCCUUUAUAAUAAACCUAGCUUAGCAUAAAAAUAGAAGACCAGAUAGUUAGCAAGUAGCUGGUGAACUAGCGCAAUUAGCGACUAAAAAGUCAGAUAUUCUCUCAGGGUUUAUUGGAGACCAAAAUAUGUAAAAGGAUGUGAACACUUGAUUUACAUCUGACUUGUCAUCAAAAUGUGACUCUUCAGAAACGCUAAUGUGUCUUUGUUUGGCUUCCCAUGAAUAAACACAAUAUUUAAAGGCAGUUCUUCACACAGAAUUAAAUUGUUCCACUUCUCCUGAGGGUCCGAAAAUAGCUGCACUGCUUUAAAUGUGACAAGAACAACAAAAAAGAAGGGUCAGAAAAAGACUGAGGGCUGAUAAAAUAUCUAUUGUUUUAUUCUAACAUUUACCUUCAUGCCACAAUCUGACAUCAAUCCCCUUUUUUUUAUGCUUUGGAUAACAAAGUUGAGCGUCUUGAAAAAGUCCUCGAGAGCCGGUGAGAAAGUUCAGUGUUCCAUCUUUAGAGUCCAACUUCGGCGGAAUUCAAGGACAGCAACAGGAGAACAGAAAUGAAUAGUCAGGUGUAACUUCCAAAAUGCUUUAUGCACAAAUAACACUCAGGUAAUAUUGUUUCUUUCUCUUUUUCCUUUUUUUUUUUUUUUUUUUGUAGAAUAAAAUGAUAUUUGAUUAACAUUUACACAUCAAGCUGACGAGACUGGGAUCUCAAUCACAAUACUACUGGAAAUGUAAUUUAUGCAAUCCAGUAAGAAACAUUCAAGAUGUCAAAAUUACCAAGUGGAACUGAGCUAUCAGGGGAGCGCUGCAAAUAACCUCGUAACAUGCACUGGAAUGCAACACAAAUGGCAUCUUGAUAAGAAAGGAAAAGAAUGGAAAAUUAAAACGUGUGCCUCAA